AUGGUCAGACGUAUUGAAGGUACGAUUGAUUAUGAGAAACAUAAUGAAGUGCUCAAUGAUAAUCAUAAAGUUCUUAUUUAUCUCGAUGAUAUGACAUUGACUGAUAUUGCUUCCCAAGAUGGUUCUUAUAUACGAAAAUUUCAUACAAUUGCAAAAUUAAUUUUAGAAAAUCAAGUUCGAACAUUUCCAAUUACAUUUUCACUGGAAUAUGAUGAAAAAGAUAUAGAAAAAACAUCAAAUUAUUCAUUACGUGUACGUAUUGUAGCCGAUGGUAAAACACGAUUUAUAACGAGUUCUAGUGUUCCUGUUCUUACGAAAGGUCAUGGCGAUAUGGUUGAUAUAAUGGUGGAAAAAAUCGAUUUAAUGUAA